AGUUUCCGCAGGGCCUUGGCGGCAGGGGAGGCACGGGGACAAGUCUUCUUCGCUACACUCACAGCAAGCUCUAGGUGAAAACUGAACCCAAUCAAGACCUCCUAAGCCGUAUUAUUUCUAGACUGUGUCAUUUUGGGGGCUGGCCUCCGGAUUUCUUCUGAAGACGGUAUAAUUUUGAAACCUCAUCCCUGGAUCUGUUUUGAGGACCAUCGACUCACCAAGAAAUGACUUAUAUGAUGAAGAAAGAACGUGCCUUCUGGGCAUCUGUGUGUCUGUUGCUUAGCGUCACCCCUGGGCUUCUCAAUGCUCUGCCUGAGGAAGUUGAUGAACAUUCAGAAACCACAGAUUCUGCGCCGCUGCCAAUGAAACCGAAGCAAACAUUUUGUGCAAUGAAGGUAGAGGAUGGGCCGUGCAAGGCGAUGAUAAGGAGUUAUUUCUUCAAUAUUCUUACUCAACAAUGUGAAGAAUUUAUAUAUGGGGGAUGCAGAGGAAACGAGAACCGAUUUGAGACCGUGGAAGAGUGUAAGGCAGCGUGCCUACCAGGUUAUAAAAAGACGCCCGUGAAGACAAUAUCCGCAAGAGGGAAGCCAGAUUUCUGCUUCUUGGAAGAGGAUCCUGGAAUCUGCCGAGGCCUCAUUACUAGGUAUUUUUACAACAACCAAUCAAAGCAGUGCGAACGGUUCAAGUACGGUGGGUGCCUGGGCAACCAGAACAACUUUGAGACCUUGGACGCAUGCCGGAGCACCUGUGAGGACACAGUGAAUGAGUUACCGAUGGGCAACCAUGUACCCGAGCGAAAUACUGUAAAUAACACUUUGAUUACCCAAUCUACCAAAUCGCCCAAUGGUUGGGAAUAUCACGGCCCUUCAUGGUGUCUUAGUCCAGCAGACAGUGGAUCAUGUAAAGCCAGUGAGAAGAGAUUCUACUAUAAUUCAGUCCUUGGGAAAUGUCGCCAAUUUAAGUACACCGGAUGCGGGGGAAAUAACAAUAAUUUUUUUACCAAGAAAGAAUGUGUGAGGGCCUGUAAAAAAGGUUUCAUCAAAAGAGUAACAAAAGGAGGAAAAAUUAACACCCAAAAAGGAAAGGAGCCUACAGUGAAAAUAGUGUAUGCAGCCAUGGACUAGUGUUGAGAUAUAAACACACUAUUGUUACUCUAAUUAUACUAAAUAUUUCCACAAGGUAUUUGUACUAUGAUGUCUAUUCUUCUACUACAAUAAUUUUGAUGAAUAUAUAAAAGUUAAUUUCCCAGGCCACUGUGUCCAUUAAGGAUGGGCUUUCCUUAGCCACUCCACUUUUGUAAAGCAGCAACUUAUCAAACGGCUACUGUGAAUUUCAUCUCGCUCCCUUUCAAGCCACUUCCUGUUCAAUUGCAAGGUCUCCUACUGCUCAGCACAGGAACCAGUUUUCUCUUUUCCAUCGCGACCAUCUACCGGAAGAGAUACUUUCAUUUGUUAUGAUCAUGAACAAUGUGUACCCUUGAUAGUCUAAGCCUUCCCACAUGAUUUCAAUUUUAGCAGUGUAAGAAGUAAAACACUAUAGCCUGAACAAUAAACCUGACUGUUACCCACUGGUGUUUACUAAAGAACUUCUGAGAUACAGAGCUGUGAAACCAAAUAAAAAAAUCAU